UGUGAGUGAUGACGCGAGCAGCUGACGUCACGCUCACACGGGUUGUUUUCGUGCGAGCCCGUGUACUUCAGACUACACAGUGUUACUAAAACGCAACGUAUCUUAUUCAGCAGUCAUAAGCGUUUCUUUUAGAUUUACUGUUCACUCAUUUAAACGGCUGUUAGGUAGCUAAUAUUAGUACAAGUCUAGAUAGUGUCGUAGCUAAUGCUAAUGGUGGCGUUGGGUAUUUCUUGAAUUUUCUGUUUCAUUCCGUCAGGCCUCUUCAAACUGACACCACCGAGAGAUUCAAGCGUUUUCGUUUCGGCCGGCGAGAAUGAACUGGAUUUUCCCCCAGUCCAAGGGCUCUGGAUCGAUCCCUCCUCUGAACAGUUUACAGAAACAAAGACAGAGACAGAUCGAGUCUCUCAAAGCUGCUCACUCCAAUCUUGCAGAAAUUCAGAAGGAUGUAGAGUACAGACUUCCUUUUACUGUCAACAAUUCAACUAUUACUGUCAAUAUCUUGCUCCCUCCACAGUUUCCUCAGGAGAAACCAGUGGUCAGUGUUUUCCCACCAGUAGGUCAUCAUUUAAUAGACAGUAACAAUGGAACAAUGGUUACCAGUCCACUCAUAACUAAUUUUGGAAUGCAUUCAGAUUUAGGCAAAGUAAUUCAGAGUUUGCUAGAUGAGUUUUGGAAAAGUCCUCCUGCCUUGAUGUCGGGUUCCACCUUUCCUUAUAUGUACAAACCAUCGGGGAUGCCUCCUUACCCAACUCAGGGCUUCCAUUUUGUUCCUGCCUUCCCACCACAGGAUGGUCAGCGGCCUAUCGGCCCUGCCCCUGUGCCACAUGCAGGGGUGGAGCCUCAACAAGCCCCUCCCCGACCAGCAGCACCAGCUUUUGGACUCAUCACCGACCUUCCUCUUCCGGUACCAACUGCUGACUCACAGUACGGUCUGAAUGGACACAUAUACAAGAUGCCUGAAAUCCCAGAUACCUUUCCAGAACUGUCUGAGAUGAGUGUUUCUCAACUGAAGGACAUGAGCGAUCAAGAUGACGUGCUCUUGGAGUUCUUCAUGUGUCUGCCUCAGCUCAAACAAGUAACCUCUGACAAAGAGGAGCUGGUCAACAACAUCGUAGAGAUAGCCAAGAAGAACCUACAGCUCGAGCCUCAACUGGAGGGCAAGAGACAAGAGAUGUUGUGUAAAUAUGAACAGUUAACCCAGAUGAAGUCGGUAUUUGAAACCAAAAUGCAAAGACAACAUGAGCUCAGUGAGAGCUGCAGUCUGAGUGCGCUGCAGGCCAGAUUAAAGGUGGCGGCCCAUCAGGCUGAAGAGGAGUCUGAGGAGACAGCGGAGAACUUCCUGGAAGGAAAGACAGAAAUUGAUGAAUUCUUAACCAGCUUCAUGGAAAAGAGAACGCUUUGCCAUUGCAGAAGAGCCAAAGAGGAAAAGCUCCAGCAAUGCAUGACGGUUCCCUACCACACAUUAGAUUGAAUGCCCCGGGUUUGGGAUCAAUCUACCAGCAGACCGGUGAGCUUAAGACAAGCAGCACAUCUUGUGGCCUACAGCCUUGAGUGGGCAAACCUAGAUACAUAUGAAAAAGAGAUUUCGGCAUCAUUUCAUGAAAUCAAAGUGAUUUUUGCACAGAAUUUCCUAAAGCGACACGCUCCCCUGGUUGAGUAGGCCAGAUGUGAGUACGUCUGGAUGUGCCCAGUCUGGCUGUGACCCAAAGGCUGUAAUCAGAGGAGAGCAAUCUGUUCUUAAUAGUGUUCAGAAACAGGAUGAGUUCUAAGCUUAUUAGUUCAGUUUGAGUUUAUAUGACAAAUGGGAUUGGGCCUUGUAUGCACUUGAAGAUGAUUUUGAAAAAUGUUAAUGCUGCCGACAAAAACAUACUGUAUUUAAUAAUGUUGAUAAAAGCCUUUAUUAUAAUUAGACAUUGUAUUAUAUGUUUAUUUAAUUUGAUAGGUUAAUAAAACAUUUAGAAUAAUCCGUG